AUGACACUCUCUUCCUCCCUUCCUUCUCCCAACCUAAUCCGCUUCUUCACGUCCCUAUCUUCUUCCCCAACACCACCAUCCUUUGAAUGGAUUCCAUAUGAUCGAUUAAAAUCAAUUUCCUACUUCGCGUCGGGUGAAUUUAGCUCUGUUGCGCGGAGCGUCUGGUUGGACGGAAGAAAAAUAGUUCGUAUAGAUAAAGAUGGGAACAAAUGCGUGGUUAGGGAGGGUGAGACAGAAGUUUGUGUUAAGAGGUUGGACGGAUGGAGAGGCGUCGUGGAGAAGGGAUUAGACAAGCUUUAUAAAGGACUGACAGCGUGUCCAAGCCAAACAUCUUAUUACUACGGACUGUCGAUAGAUCCCAUCACAAAUGACAUACUUUUAAUAAUGAAAUACUUCCCCCACGGAGACCUAUGCUACUUUUUCUAUUCUCCAAACCCAGCGACCAACCUCUCCUGGCUGAACCGCCUAAAAAUUCUCAGGUCCGUUGCAUCUGCAUUAGUAGAUAUUCACAAGGCAGGAAUGGUACAUGGCAAUAUACAUCCUAAAAACAUAAUGCGUGACAUUAACGGGAACGAGGAUAACUGGGUAUUGGGAGACUUGGGGGGAGGAGGAAUUGAAGGAUGCAUGGACAAAGAGACUUGGGCAAGGAAAAACGAAAACACGGCAGGAGGAGAGAACAAUGUAGAGAAAUGCAAUGGUGUAAGCAGUGAGCUUUUGCAAGUUGAAACGCUUAAACAGGAAAUAGAGUCUUCCAGAGAUGAUGGCCGUUCACUAAUCGACGAUAGCGACGAAGACUAUUCUCCCCACACGUCAUGCUUAUCACUUUACGCGACUUGUGGUGAAAUGAUUGGAGUACUUCCAUACACUUCGCCUGAAAUUCUUCGUGGAUGUCACCCAUCUUCACAUUCAGAUAUUUAUAGUCUCGGCAUCCUAAUGUCUGAACUUGUUUCUCUCUUUCCGCCAUAUUACUCUUCGUUGUUAUCACCCAAUCUCACGCUCGAUAAUCUUCUUCUUGACAUUUGUGAUGGAUAUCGUCCAAGAAUUUCUCCACAUGCUCCAGGGUGCUUUAUCAAUCUAAUGAAGAAAUGUUGGUGUGAUACAGCAUCGUAUAGGCCAGGUGCCAGAGAGGUGCUUGAGAUUGUUGAUCGGUGGUGUAGAGAAGUAGAGGGGAAUGGAACUGUUGGUAAUGGUGAGCGCAUCGUCUUACUGGAAGUUGAACGGGGUGUCAGUGGAAGCGUAGAUUAUGAUAAAGUAAGGAAGAUGUAUGAGAGUAAGAAGAUCAAACUGACUCGUUUGAGUGAGAAUGAGUGGGAAGAUAAAACUGAGAGUCUGGAAAGUUCGGUGAUGCUGGAUAAGAAUUUGGCCCUUUUAAAAUAUUUUAACGAAACAUACAACAAAGGUAACGAAUUACCUGGCCAAUAUAUUACUCACUCUAGAGAUUAUUUUCUAGCAUGGUUAGGAUUAGUGAACGUGAAUCUCGUUGAUGCAUUGUACGAGAGUCAAGUGGGAGUUAAUGACUGGCAUCAUCAAUAUGUUGGUACACCAACGAUUUCCUUUUUCCACAAGCUAUCAAACAGCAAAUUAGUAGCAUUAGUGGCCACAGACAAGCAUGUUGUUGCUGCAUUAAAUCCAACAAGUGGCAACAUAACAUGGCGACAGAUUCUCGACGAACGUGAGAACAUAAUAGGUUUGAAAGCGAACAAAGACUACGUUGUAUCUGUCUCAAUUGCUGUUGAUUAUGUCAUUCGUCUGUGGGACGGAUUGUCGGGCAAAUUAUUAUGGGAGAACAUUGUCAAGAAAUCUGACGAGGCCACCAGACUAGAGAAGGCUGAUUUUGAUCUCAAUGACGGAAAGAAGGUUUGGGUCAACAAUAAUGACCAUAAUAAGCAAGCGAAAUUUUUGAGGAUUGUAGAUAAUGGCUUAAUGAUCAAUGCAGUUGCGCUAGUCAGACAAUCAAGCAAAUAUCUUUCCAUUCGAGUAGUAACUUACGGCUUAGUAACCGGGGAUGUGUUAAAGACUCUCGACCUCAAGUCUAGGGUUGAAAAUGAGAAAAGUGUAAUAGUUGUUGGCGGGGCCGAAGAUUUCAAAGCGUUUGUCAUUUGGACCGAAAAGCCAAACAUGCGUGCCAAUCGCCUUGGACGAGAUGAUAUAGCAACUGAAGCUUCGCUUAUGGGCCUGUAUAAUAAUGUUAUUCCGUCUUUCGCGGAGGCCGAUGGUCCAUUAGAAUUCAUUGAUCUGGAUGUGGGAACUAGGACAGAAUUUUUAGUAGAAGUUCCUACAAAGUACGGAACUACCGCUGCUAUAUUAAAAAUAGAUACGGAAGGAGGGCGAUUUCUGGCACUUCAUGAUAUGGAUGAGAGGGAAGGAAAGUCGGUUUAUUCCGCUGCGUUUGAUAGUAAGGGGAAGCUAUACGUCUCUAGAGUAUUCAAAGAAGCAUCGAAAGGUGUCAACCUCGAGAUAGUCCAAAUAGCAACUCAUCAGACAAUUGUCACUCAAGAAAUCAACCAUUCAGUUGCCAAUUACGGAUAUAUGACCUCGUCAAUUUUAUGCAUGUAUUGCGAUGAGCCCGACACAAAGUAUCGCAUGAUCCUACUAUCUUCGGAUGGCUCAGUUCAUUCAUGGAAGGAUGCAUCUAUAUCGUGGACGAGAGAGGAAUCUCUUGCGCAUGCUGUUGGUGUAGAAUUUGUUGAUUUGCCAGAAAAGAAACUAUGGUCGCAAGAGGUUGACGAGCUUGAUGAGGAUGCCGAAAAAGUUGAAACUAUUACACCACUUAACCGAUAUAUUCGCCGAGUUUCCACACACAUUAGUCAGCUACGAGAUCUUUUGGAUUAUUUUAUCACGUACAUUACUCGACUAAUUGCUAAUGACAAGUCGGCUAUUACCACAACAAAAUCGAGAGAUUCUGCUAGUCUACACAGAGACAUUUAUGGUUUUAGAAAGAUAUUGGUAUUCGUGACACCAAAAAAACUCAUUGCGUUGGAUUCUGCUAGAAAAGGCGAGAUUGUUUGGACACGAUACUUUAAUUACGCGUUCUUGGAUUUGCAAAAGAUUUUUGUAGUCCGUGCUGCCAUGAUCAAAUAUCCACCAGUGAUUGCUGUACUUGGGAAACAGAAUGCAUCAGGAGGCGAGAUUGAGACACGCCUGUUCCGGUUGAAUGCGUUGACUGGCGGAGAUUUUGAACCCGAGCUGCCCAUUGAAGAGCCUGGCGAAAGAACGCACAUUCUCGCAUUGAUUGAUGCAAAACUCCAGGCAACAUUCUUUCAAACGUUUGCAAAGACAUUUUAUUUUGUGUUGGAAAGGGAGAAUAGGCUGAGUGGUUAUAAAGUGCUGAAUAACGGAUCGCAUAAGACCAUUACGACAAUGGAGAUCUGGUCAAUAGCAUUUCCAAACGAAGCAAUCGUCUCUGUUGGACAACGCCCUUUACACGAGAAAGUUUCCUCUUUGGGUCGUGUGCUAGGCGAUCGAUCGGUAUUAUACAAGUAUUUGAACCCACAUCUGGUUGCCGUGGCAACCUUCUCUUCGUCAACAGACCCCAAGUCCUUGAGUAUUUACUUGAUAGAUAUUGUCAAGGGUUCCAUUUUAUAUCAUGCUGUACACGAGAAUGUCAGUCCAUUACAUCGAGUGUUUUUGAUUCAAGCCGAAAAUUACAUCCUAUACCACUUUUGGAGUGAUGGGGAUCCGGUGAAAGGAGAUGGAAAAGGCUUCCAGGUAGUCGUUUGUGACUUGUACGAGAGCGAACAUAAGGAUGAACGAUUCGAGAGUGCCAACUUUUCCUCAUUUUCGCACGAGAGACCGUAUGUUGAUACUAAAGCAUUCAUGUUUCCACAUGGAAUAAAUGCUAUUGGUGUGACAACUACAAAGAAUGGGAUCACAACGCGGGAAUUCCUAUUUGCUACAACGAAUGACCAAGUUUAUGGCAUCGCCAAACGUGUUCUUGACGCGCGCAGACCAACCCAUGCGCUUACUGCCGAAGACAAGGAAGAAAUGCUGAUUCCCUAUGAUCCUGCUAUUCCAGAUAACAGAAAAUCUAUGCUGAGCUAUUACUUGACGGUUGCUGGGAUUCGCCAUAUCACUACAUCUCCCGCUCUACUAGAAUCGACGUCUCUUGUUCUUGCUUACGGUCUAGAUAUAUGGUUUACAAGAGAAGCGCCUUCAAAAACGUUUGAUGUAUUAAGUGAAGAUUUCAGCAAGGAGACAUUAGUCACGACAAUUGUUGGGCUAUUGAUUGGAAUUAUUGUUACUCGACCAAUUGUCAACCGAAAGAAGAUCAACGCUCGUUGGUAUUAA